UUUUACUAUUCUCUCCCUCUCUCUCUCUCUCUCUCGCCCCCCGUGUUGGCCCAGUGGUUAUGGCUUCUCAGCUCAUUAAACGCGUUCUUGGAGGCCGGUCGCGCCAGAUCCUCUCCUCCCGCGCAAACCCUGAAGCUAAUGCACUGUUUAUGUACCGGGCCUUCUCCUCCGUCUCCACGCUGAUCCGAGCCACUCUCUUCCCUGGCGACGGUAUCGGCCCCGAGAUCGCCGAGUCCGUCAAACAGAUAUUUAAAGCAGCUGAUGUUCCAAUUGAAUGGGAAGAGCACUACGUUGGGGACCAAAUAGAUCCUAGAACUCAAAGUUUCCUAACAUGGGAAAGCUUAGAAUCUGUACGGCGAAAUGGGGUAGGCUUGAAAGGGCCUAUGGCCACACCCAUUGGAAAAGGUCAUCGUUCUUUGAAUCUUACUCUAAGGAAAGAAUUAAAUUUAUAUGCUAAUGUUCGGCCUUGCUCCAGCCUCCCUGGCUAUAAAACUCGGUAUGAUGAUGUAAAUCUUAUCACUAUCCGUGAAAACACAGAAGGGGAGUACAGCGGACUUGAACAUCAAGUGGUCAGAGGUGUGGUUGAAAGCCUCAAGAUCAUUACUCGACAGGCCAGUUUGAGGGUGGCUGAAUAUGCUUUUCACUAUGCCAAGACCCAUGGAAGAGAGAGAGUGUCUGCAAUACACAAAGCGAACAUUAUGCAGAAAACUGAUGGUCUUUUUCUAAAGUGUUGUCGUGAGGUUGCAGAGAAGUACCCUGAGAUUAAAUACGAGGAAGUUGUUAUUGACAAUUGCUGUAUGAUGCUUGUGAAGAAUCCAGCUCUUUUUGAUGUAUUGGUGAUGCCUAAUCUAUAUGGUGACAUUAUCAGUGACCUUUGUGCUGGGUUGGUAGGGGGAUUAGGCUUAACACCAAGCUGCAAUAUUGGCGAGGGAGGAAUUGCCCUCGCUGAAGCUGUACAUGGUUCAGCACCUGAUAUUGCUGGAAAGAAUUUGGCGAAUCCAACUGCUUUGCUGCUUAGUGGUGUCUCAAUGCUGCACCAUCUCAAUCUCCAUGAUAAAGCUGAUCAGAUCCAAAAUGCUAUCCUCGACACAAUUGCAGAAGGGAAGUACCGAACAGCUGACCUUGGUGGUAGUUCAUCUACUAGUGACUUCACAAAGGCAAUUUGUGAUCAUCUUUGAAGAGUAUGUCUUACUAUAGGAUUUGAGUUUUGCAUUGAGUUGACGGCAAAGAAUUUGUCGUGAUGUCUCUAAUAGAACCAUAUUCAGAACCUUUAUCUAGAUCUUUUUCUAAGGGGAAUAACACCACAUCACCUUGAUGCUUUGAAAUUCAUCUGGUUACCAACGUACAAUUUGAAAAAAAAAAAAAAAAAUGUAGAUGUGGUACCAUAAAGCCAUGGAGAGGUCAAGGACGUUCAUGGGAAUAACAGAGAUUGGACUCUGCAUAAAGGACACUCCAUAUUAAACUUCCCGUGCUAUAUGAUUUUGGUGUUUUUUUUGUCAAUACAAGAAGAAAUAAGAGCAUCACGGUUUGGUGUUAACCCCAGCUUUAUUCUUCCCUAUGUGGACCUGGAUAGUCUUCUUUCUGAUGAGGAUGCUUUCAAGGUUUUCCC